AUGAGUUAUUCCCGGUUCCUACAAUACGUUCACUACUUCUACCCUGGUGUACGUCUUACUCGCACCGCUGAGGAUGUUUGUGACUGCUGCGUACGCAUCGAUAUUCAACUGAAACAACCUGAUCUCAGUGAUGAUGAACGGCAGUCUCUUCAUCUAAAAAAACAAAUGCAUCUCGAUAGUGCCAUGGGCCAACGGCGAUUUAUUUCUUCGUUUAUAAAAUCCUACUCAGCGAUACAUGCACCAGAGCAAAGCCUUCCCGAAUGUAUUAUUCCUGAUACUUACGAUGCAGCAGAAGAUUAUGGAGGUGGAAUAUCCAUGCCGUACUAUGGUCAUGUUCGCCCUUCGGCGGAUUAUUUCAACAGCAAUCUCAUUUUGCAGAACUUUGUAGUGGCAGACAUCAGCAAUGGUGUCAACAACGUGUAUUUCUAUGACGAACGAGCGCAAGGAAAAGAUGCUAAUGCGCUAUGUAGCUUACGCUUGAACUACCAUCUUUCAAUUAUAUCACGAGCUAAGUACAACGAGGAGGCACCUCCUGAAGUGAGCUUCAGUAUAUUGGACAAUUGUGUGGGUCAGAACAAAUCGAAAGCAGUUUUAAUGUUCUUCGCAUUUCUUUCGGUGAUAUUUCCCUACAAGAAAGUAGUGCUUUGUUAUUUACUACCUGGACACUCUCACAAUAUUGCUGACCGCGUUAUUGCUUGUGUACAGGGUGUGUUUUUAGAUCACACUGAUGCCAAUCGACCAUUCUAUGUGGGCUGGAACGAGUUGUUGAGCAAAUACUUUAUCCCACCGCCUGGGGGUUACACCUCAAACUACCUUUUUGAGAUUGAUUGUGGACGUCUCUUUCGUCCAUGCGACUCCCUCGCCACCCUGUCAAGGAGCUAUCAGCGAGCAAGUUAA